UUGACAUAACAAUUUAGCAUGACUCAACUUUAAAAAAAAUUACUCGACCCCACCAAACCCGAUCUAGACACCAUUGACUCCUCUACACUUAAUGCCAAGAUUGUUGUUGUUCAUCUCUAGACUCUCCAGUACAGUAAAAAGAUAAAUUCACCUCCAAUGCUCCUAACAGCCAAAACCCAACCAAACUUUUAGGCACUUUAUUUAACCAUCAACCUUUUUUUCCCAGCAAUACUCAUCACAUUACUUCAAGUAUCCCACUAACAUCCCACUUUUGUUCCUCCCUCCCUCCAUUACACUUCACUUUCUUCUUCUUCAUUCCCACAAACAUCACCACCAAAACUUCUCACUCACCCUCCUUAAAGAAAUGUCCCACCACCAUCUUCCACCAUUCCCCAUUUUCUUCUCUCUCCUUUUCUCUCUCCUGCCCCAACUGCCCGCCCUACCCGUCCUACCCAACCCUGACCCUGCUUCCAUCCAACAACAACAAACCUUCCUCCCUAACCCCUCACCUCCGGCAACUAUCCCCUCCUUCCCCGAACAAUCUGCCGUUGCCGGUUGUCCGCUUUCACUCAACGAUGAGAUCUUUCCCGCCGUUAAGGCCUCAUGUAAUAGCGGGCAUUUGCGCCGGGGAAAAUGCUGCCCCGUCCUCGCCGCCUGGCUUUACUCCGCUUACACCAAUACAACUCUUGGAAAAGGAGCGGGGAGUGGCGAGGCGACGUCGACAUACGAUUUGCCAAUGCUACCUGAUGACUCGGAAACUUGUGUUGAUGGACUUGAGAAAGUGAUGAAAGAUAAAGGGGUGAAUUUGGUUAAGAUUAAUGAGACUUGUGAUGUUGUGUAUUGUUAUUGUGGAAUUAGACUUCAUCAAUUGAGCUGUCCUCAAGCUUUUCAUGUUUCUGAAGAUGGGAGGUUAGCUGGUGAUAAAAGAGUUAUGAAAUUGGAGAAGGAUUGUUUGAGCUCUCAUAAGUCUAAGGAUAAUGACCAUUCUACCCUUGCUACCUGUUCUAAGUGCUUGCAUUCUUUAUACUCGCUUAAAAAAGGCAACAAAGCAAGUGGAAAUGGAACAAAACUAGACAUAAGGACAAGUAAGAUGCGCAGCAGAGACUGUGAACUAAUGGGGUUGACAUGGCUUCUCCACAAAGACAGAGACACAUACAUAUCUACAGUUACUUCAGUCAUGCGAGCCCUAAUGCUGAAUGUCGAAGGUGCUGAUCCGCAAUCAUGUAGCAUUAGCAGCAAUGGCUUGCCCCUCGCUGUUGAUUCUGCUGAAAUUGAUGGCCAGUCUUCGUCUGAAUCCCUUCAAUUUCCCCUCCAUCUCUGCUUAUUCAUGUUCUUCUUGCUAAUCAUGAGCUCGAGUGUACUGUCGUAAUUAUUCUAGCUAUUCUCUCUUUAAUCCCAAUUUUUUGUUCGUUAUUGGUUGUUGUUAGUGUUCGCAACUUUGUUUUAGUGAAAUGUAAUAUUAUCUUAGGCUUGAUUUCUUCUUAAUCUUUUUAACAUUUACAAGUAACUUUGUGAAGUGAAAACAUAAAAGGUAUCCUAUAUUAAGGAAGAGUUAAGUACUUCAAUUAGUGUGUUUAACGUUUAGUGAAACAUAUGGACCUCGAAUAACAUGGUGUUGGGCCAAUGGAGUUGACAUCGACAACACUCGUGAACUGUAUCUUGCGACAUCUAGAUAUGCUCUGCUGAUGUAGCGCGUAAGUAAAUGACACAUGGCAGCUGCAAGGCCUGCAACUGAUUGUGAUAAUGUUUUUUGGGUAAAAAACAAGUAUUUUUACUACUGUAUGAAAAACAAGCACUUGAACUCAGUUACAGAAAAUGAUAGGAAGCCAAACACCAUGGCUACUACAGAGCUAAUAGCUCGGUUUUAUGGGUUA